AUGAGAGUCCAGAUGCUGGCUGUCCUGCUCCUGUUCGUGUCCCUCCUUUGCGCUGAGGGAAUUCGUGGAGCAUCCCUGGCCAAUGGCUCCGAGUCCCAGCACAUGGAGGAGGGCCUAGGCGAGUCCAAGGUGAUGGUGAAGAGAGAAGCGAGUUUCGCUGGAUGUCGCUUCUGCUGUAACUGCUGUCCUGAUAUGAGAGGCUGUGGGAUCUGCUGCACCUUCUGACCCCCUUUGCCAGUCACUCUGGUGGCACCAUGAGAGUCCCCAGCCUUUCCUGGGAGCAGAUCGAA